AUGCUUCGGCGAGAGAAGUCUGAAGCAUUGGCAGAGAAGGGGGCUUCAUCUCCUUCCUUUAUUGGCCCUGAAAUGCCAUCUUCUGAGUUACUAUCUGCAGCUGCCAAAUUAACAGAAGCUGAGGCUGUGCUGAGGGAUGCUGAGUGUGAGAAUGACGGUAGCUUGUUUAUAGACCCGCCACCUCCUGUUGUGGUUGCUGAAGCUGCAUCAACAAAUGAGGCAGAAAGCUUGGAGGAGGUGACAAGAAUUUUUGUAGCUGAGGAUGAUACUCCGUAUGAUGUGCUUGGAGUGAACUUGAAUAUGUCGACUGAUAACAUGAAGAAAAGAUUCUGGAAGCUAUCCUUAUUGGUUCACCCAGACAAAUGUUGUCAUCCACAAGCCCAUCAAGCAUUCGUCAAGAUAAACAGGGUGUUUAAAGAUUUGCAAGAUCCAGAUAAGCGAAAAGUGAUUGAUGACAAAAUCAGACUGAAGGAGGAGCAGGAGGCGUUCAAGGCAGAGUUAAAAGCACGUCGUGAGGCUGCACAAUGGCGAAGAUUGCAAGGUAUAUCGAUGCCAGGUGAUGAUGAGCUUCUAGAAGUAACCAAACUACCCCAGAAAAGAGAGGAGUGGAUGACAACAUUGCCACCUGAAAGGAAGCCAGGUAUGACUAUGCACUCAACAUCAUUUUUUAGUAAGACUUUUAAAGAAGGACGUGGUGAUACCAGUGUUUGGACCGAUACUCCAACGGACGAGGCCCAGCAAGCAAAAAUGAAUUACUUAGAGGCUUAUAAUAAGGCUGCUGCACUCGCAUCAAAUGAAGAGGAAAAGAAAAGGAAAAGUUCGAAUGCAGACUUGGUGGACAAAUACAAUCAGUCCAAACGCUCAAAGUCACUGGUACAGAAGCACCAAGAAGAGGCAGCCAGUAGUCGUUCCAGGAAAAAGAUCAAGCAGCAAAUGGAUAAAGAAGAUUGGGUGGGAAAGCACCCAUGGAAGCCCUGGUAUCGUGAGAAUGAUCUAACAGCUGGUAGACAAAAGGUUAAUUCAGAUUCAGAAAGCAUGAUGCAGGAUUUGUCUUCCCGGUUUUCAUCAGGAACCGUACAAAGAACUUUCCUUUAGGUUAUGUGGCAGGUUGUCUUGUAGGUUGAACUUAAAAUGUAUAUAUCACAUGAGUUCAAGUUGUUUGUGAUGAAAAUCAAAAGGAAGUAGGAUGCUCGAGUUCAGCACCAAGAGAAUGAAAAGUUAACGAGAAGAAAAGUUGU